GUGAGGGGUGUGCAGAACUUGAUCCUUUCCCAGAGCUGAACUCCUCCCCGCCGCCCGUCCGCUCCAAUGCGGUGGGGACGAGAAGAGUUCCUUUCCACCAGGAUGAAAUAUUGGAAGUAACUGAAGAUAAUUCAGAUUUUCCCGCAUAGGAGGAAGAAGAGUUUGAAGCGCGCGUGUGUGUGUGCCUGCGCUUGCGGGACGCGCUGGCGUAGGGCCAUAUUUUGCUCGUUUCCCGCGUGUUUUUUUUUUUUAAAAAAAGGGAAAUAAGUAUUCGGUAGGCCCUUCGGGAAAGCUAAGUUGGAGGUCUGUCCCUUUUGUACAGGCAAGGGAAAGAAAGCUGGGCUAAGGGGAGAGGAGGCUCUGUUUUCCUAGGAAAUCCUCCUUGAGUGCUGAGGAGCCAAAGAAUAAGCGCAGUCAUCAUAAUACAAGGAUACAUCUGGACUGUGUUUGCGUUUCCUGGUUUUCCUGGGGACGAAGAUGCUGUCCUACACUGUACUGGAUGCUAAUGUGGUGGACGUGGAAAAAAGGCGAAAUCCUUCCAAGCACUAUGUCUAUAUAAUCAAAGUAACAUGGUCAGAUGCAACUUGCCAGACAAUCUACCGGAGGUAUAGCAAAUUCUUUGACCUGCAGAUGCAACUUUUGGAUAAAUUCCCUGUUGAAGGAGGCCAAAAAGAUCCCAGACAGAGAAUCAUCCCAUUUCUUCCAGGGAAAAUCCUAUUCCGAAGAAGUCACAUUCGAGAUGUAGCUGUGAAGAGAUUAAAGCCGAUUGAUGAAUACUGCAGGGCCCUGGUAAAGCUUCCACCUCAUAUCUCACAAUGUGAUGAAGUCUUUCGUUUUUUUGAGACCCGACCGGAGGACCUGAACCCUCCUAAAGAGGAUUAUGGAUCCUCAAAAAGAAAAUCAGUCUGGAUGUCAAGCCUAUCUGAUUCUCCAAGGAAGGCUACAGCAGGUGCUGACGCUAACUCUGAACCUAUGAUCCUGGAGCAGUAUGUGGUGGUAUCUAACUAUGAGAAACAGGAGAACUCGGAGAUCAGCCUGCAGGCUGGCGAAGUGGUGGAUGUAAUAGAGAAGAAUGAAAGCGGUUGGUGGUUUGUAAGUACUUCAGAAGAGCAAGGCUGGGUCCCUGCAACUUACUUGGAAUCCCAAAGUGGAAUUAGAGAUGAUUCUGAAAUUAACAUGUCCAAAAGAGGAGAAGUUUCUAAGAGACGCAAGGCUCACCUGAGGCGCUUGGACCGGCGAUGGACACUGGGAGGGAUGGUCAACAGGCAGCAGAGUCGAGAAGAGAAAUAUGUCACAAUUCAGUCAUAUACCAGCCAGGGGAAGGAUGAAAUUAGUUUCGACAAGGGAGUCACUGUGGAAGUCAUUCAAAAGAACCUGGAAGGAUGGUGGUACAUAAGAUAUUUAGACAAAGAAGGCUGGGCCCCAGCAUCAUAUCUGAAGAAAGCAAAAGAUGAGCUUCCCUCUCGGAAAAAGAACCUUACAGGACCAGUGGAAAUUAUAGGAAACAUCAUGGAGAUCAGCAACUUGCUGAACAAGAAAUCUUCCAGUGACAAGGAAACUCAGUCAGAAAUUGAAACGAUGGAAUCACAUGUCACCAAGAAAGAAAUAAGCUUGCCCAUCUUGUGCAAUGACUCCAAUGGCAAUUUCAUGAUGACCCAAGACAAGCAGAUUUCAAAGCAGGUGCAGGGGUCUCCUGCCAUAGCACGGAUUGCCCCACAAAGAGCUCAAAUAAGUUCUCCAAAUCUGCGUAUGAAACCUCCUCCAAGAAGAGAAUCUAGUUUGGGCUUUCAACUACCUAAACCUCCUGAGCCACCUUCAGUGGAAGUUGAAUAUUAUACUAUUGCAGAGUUCCAGUCUUGUAUUGCUGAUGGAAUAAGCUUUCAUGGGGGACAAAAAGCAGAGGUUAUUGACAAGAAUUCUGGGGGCUGGUGGUAUGUCCAGAUUGGAGAAAAAGAAGGCUGGGCUCCAGCAUCAUAUAUUGAUAAAAGGAAGAAACCCAAUUUAAAUAGGCGAACAAGCACUCUGACCAGGCCCAAAGUUCCUCCCCCUGCUCCUCCUAAUAAAGUAAAGGAUUCUGAAGAAGUAACAGCUAGUAGUACCACAGCUUCAGGAGAUGGCCAAGAUUCCCCACACAAGCAGAUGUAUGAGGAACCAGAGUAUGAUGUGCCUGCCUUUGGUCAUGACUCAGAAUCUGAGCUGAGCCAAGGAGAAGAUGGUAACUCAGACAGAAGCUUAUUCCACCUUCCAAAACCUUCCCCUGGAUCAUCCCUCCCAAAAGCAAAAUUUCGAGUUGGAGAAUCUUCUGAUGAUGUGACUCAUGAAGAGGAAACAAUCUAUGAAAAUGAAGGUUUUAGACCUUACAUAGAAGAUGCACUGUCAAACAAGGAAUCUAGUGGAGAUUCUGAUUCUCGAAGUUCCUCACUGUCUUUGAUUCAAAGAAAUUCUCCAUGUUCAAUUUCUCCUAAAUCCUCCCUUCUGAAGCCCAAAAGUAUUCAAACAAACUUUGGGAAGUCUCAUUAUAGUCAUAAUGAGGAGACAAAGCCAAGAUCAGCCUCAGAUGCUGGCCUAAGUAGCAUACCCAAAUCAAGCACAAAAAGGGAUACUGGAGAGUUCAUGUCUAGCAGAGGAAAACCAAUGGUGAGGCCAAAACCAUUUCUGAACAAAGCAGAUUCUCAAAGUCAAGAAAUGAUGAAUAUCAGUACUUUACGUCAUCAUCUGAGACCAACUGGGCAACUCAGAGGUGGACUUAAAGGUUCAAGAAGUGAGGAAUCUGAAAGUCCACCUCAGACAACUUCUGGAAACUCUGAAGAGUCUUUCAGAAGAAAUUCUGCAGAAUUCAUUACAUCUUCUUCCCAUACCUUAUUUUAUGCCAGCCAGCUAGCCAAAACAGAGAAUGAAAGUAACCCAUCAAAAUGUCUGUAUAUAACCACUGAUUCUUAUCAAAAAGUUCAAGAUUCUGAAAUCAGUUUUCCUGCUGGAAUAGAAGUGGAAGUAUUGGAAAAGCAAUCAAGUGGAUGGUGGUAUUUGAAAUAUGGAGAAAUAGAAGGGUGGGCUCCUUCUCAUUAUCUGAUGUCUUUUGAUAACCAACAACAAGAAAACACUUCCACUGGAGAAGAUACCACAUCCAAUAUAUCACAGGCAAGAAACAGAAGAAAUGAAAGCAAAUCCAAUAGCUUGGAGAAAAUAGAGAAGAAGGUCCAGGCACUGAAUACUAUCAACCAGAACAAAAGAACAACACCCCCUAUUCCUAAUAAGCCACCUGGUGGCUUCUCCAAAACAUCUGGACCUGUCAAACUGCGAAAUGGAGUUAGACAGCUAGCAGUGAGACCACAGUCAGUGUUUGUUUCUCCACCCCCCAAGGAUAAUAAUCUGCCUUGUUCCCUGCGUAGGAAUGAGUCUCUUUCUGCCACAGAUCAUUUGAGGACUGUACGUCGUAAUUCAUCUUUCAGUGCUGCCCAAUCCCAAAUGAAUGAGUCUAAAGUAAAACAUGCUGGUCGAUUGGUCUCUGAAGAGUCAGAUAAUGCCUCCUACAUACCAACUGACCGCAAUGGAAUUCCAGUGUCCACUGUCAGGCCCAAGCCCAUUGAAAAAUCUCAGUUCAUUCAUAAUAAUCUUAAGGAUAUUUAUAUCUCCAUUGCAGAUUAUGAGGGAGAUGAAGAAACUGCUGGAUUUCAAGAAGGUGUCUGCAUGGAGGUAUUGGAAAAGAACCCAAAUGGCUGGUGGUACUGCCAGAUCAUGGAAAGUGGGAAACCAUUUAAAGGCUGGGUGCCCUCAAAUUAUUUGGAAAAAAAGAAAUAG